CUCCACAUCUUGGUUAGAGAAAUUUAGGUGUGCAGUGAAUGUGAAUAUUUUGUUUACUAAUUGUCAACUUUCACACUUCCAAAAGAGAGUUACAGGUAUACAUUAAGCAUUCGCACCUAUUGCAGAAUUGGCAGGACAUCACUAUCGACAGUGAGACCUUUAUUUUUAGAAGAAAUGCUUCUUUUUGCUAAAAAAUUCGAGCCUAAACCAACCCCCAUUCGGAUGAAUCGGUGCAAUAUCGGAUCAUCGGUGGUGAAGGAAGACAUCAAUGACUAUAAAAAUAUUUGGCUCAAUUUGGAAAAUAAACAACUUCGUUUUAUAGACGGUGAUUGGAUUGAAGUGUCUAAAAAGGGGGAGCAAGCCUCUAGUGAUGACAAUCUAGCCAAGCUGACCAAGUCCGUGAAAUCUCUUGAAAAUGAAAACAAGUUGAAUGAAGUCAAACUGGAUAUUUUAUUGGAUUUGUUAACUGAAAAUUUAGUGCAACGAAUGUAGAAUGUAAAAAUCAUAACACCUUUAUCCGGAUAAGUGUAGAUUGGUUUGGAUUGUUCCGCGUUUGAUUGCUUUAUUUCAUUAUUUCUUUAAUAUUUAAAUGAAAAAAAAAUAGUCACGAAUGCAUUAAUUAAAUCUUAAUUCAAAAAUA